CGUGGACGUGGAGAGUAGUUGCCAGUAUGCGGCAUCAGUCGUUAUUGACGCACCACGCAUGGCGUACGCGCGCACAGCUCUGUUCUACGCGUGCGCGUUGGCCGCGAACGCCGCGGCUUACGCUGCACCAGCCCUGCCCGCCAAGUCUGACAAUAAUAACAAAGGAGUGAAGAAAGUACAAGUGGACACUAUCGUGGUGCGCAGAAUGCACAACGCAUAUUUUUACCCGUACAAUCUGUGGCCUUUACCCAAAUAUAACGCUAGAGAUAAUGAAGAAUUUCAGGAAUAUCCACACAUCAGAAUCAGUAAUUCCAAUAAAAAAAGAAAUGAAAGAUAGCCAAAAUAAUUAGAUACGCUUUAGUUUUCGAUAUCUACAAACCGUCUCCGAUAUCUACC